AUGGGACUGCCACAACUAGAGACUUGUUGCAUCUUUUUUGACUUAAAGACAGGCAAUAUUAUUAUGGGAUGUUUGAAUGCAUUUUUAUCUUUUGUAAUGUUUGUAAUAAUGAUCGUGGUGGCCAGCGCAAUAGAGCCCAUAAAAUAUGCUGCAGAAGAGGAGAGAGAUUUAAACGCCGAGGCAGCACUUACUGGCUUCUACGUGAUGUCUAUCAUCUUGGUGCUAAUGUUCUUAGCAAAAUUUUGUUUUGACAUACUAUUCAUAUAUGGAGUAAUUACGGAGCGUGCUAAUAUCAUCAGAGCUUACUUCAUCAUGUUCGUGGUGUUCUUACUUCUGUCCAUGUUCACGUUCUUCCUGAACGCACCAAAUUUUAAUGCCGGAACCAUCUGUAUGGAAGUAUUUUAUAUAGGUCUGAAUGUAUACGCCAUUUUGCUGAGCAAUAGUUUCUACAAAUUACUCAACAUGAGAGAAGAAGUUUAA